AGCCUGCCUAAAACUACUCGUUUAAAUCUCUCAUUCUUUGUUUGAAUGGCCAAAUAGCCGACGCCAUUGUGCGACCGCGCGCUCACUCUCACCUCCCUCCGGUUAUCCCGACAUGGUUGGGCUCUCAGCCGUUGGCUCUCAUACCGGCCACUCGCGGGAGGAUGGCGCCGAUGGUCGGUCGGGAACCAGUGAACCCGGGUGUAGUUGCAGAGAAGCUAGCGAUGCCCCAUUGGCACGCCCACACUUCUUCUCGGCUCUGCUCGAAGGGAUCGGGAUGACGCCAGAGGAGGACUGGAGGUGGCUGCGUAGGUACCUGGAGGCCUCCAUCAAGGGCUUCUCCGUUGGUGUCGGCCUCAAAGGGGGUCUCGCUCUCUUCUCCAUCCUUGCUCGCCUAAGGAGCCGCGGAUCGAAGGGCUAUUCGACAAGAAAGGCGGUGUCUAUCACAAAUGGAGAAGUCGUGGUGAGUGCUGCGAAGGAGACACUGAAAUAUGGCAUUUUUUUAGGAGCGUAUGCUGGAACUUUUGUUGCUGUCGAUGAGUUGAUUGCUGCUAUAUGGGGUCACAAAAGGACUGCAGGAUGGAGGGCAUUGCUUGCAGGAGCUGUUGCUGGUCCUUCAAUGCUCCUAACAGGACUCGAAACACAGCAUACCAGCUUGGCUAUUUAUAUUCUUAUGCGUGCUGCCGUCUUGGUAUCUCGUUGCGGGAUAAAGAGCAAAAGGUUUAGAAAUGUCUGCAAACCUUUGACGUGGUCACAUGGUGAUAUAUUCCUUAUGUGUCUCUCCUCAUCACAAAUCUUGUCUGCAUACAUUUUGAAGCAAGAAAGCUUGCUUCCAUCUUAUAAAGCAUUUCUUAAUAGGCAUGGUGGAAAGGCUGCUGUUAUUUUACAAAGGGUCAAAGAAAUCGCAACUGGCACGCCCUUCACAAACUUGGAUGAAGUUGAGAAGCACUACAAGUACAUGGGCGUAGAUCUAAAGCUAGAUCCAAGCAUGAAAGUGCCAUGUUCAAUUAUUCAUGGUAAUCAGACCUGCAGUGGGCACUUCUUUUCAUUUCUUAUCCAAGCUUACGGAAGAGCGUUGCCUGUUUAUGCUCCAGUUUACUUGAUUCCAGCAUUAAUUGUUCAUCGCCAAGACCUUGUGAAAAGGCCUUAUACAAUCCUUGCAAAGAGUCUUCUAGGUACAACAAGAUCUAGCCUGUUUCUCUCCAUAUACUGCUCAUCAGCCUGGGCUUGGACAUGCUUGCUCUUCAGAAUUUUUGAGAGAUGCAACAUUGCAAUGGUUGCAAUGGGGAUGUUCCCAACUGGUCUGGCCCUUGCGAUCGAGAAGAAGAGCAGGAGGAUGGAAAUAUCUCUGUAUUGCCUUUCACGAGCAAUCGAGAGCUUCUUCACCUGUGCAUCAGAUGCUGGCUUUCUCACCAGGGCUUCCAGAUUAAAGCACGCAGAUGUGGUCUUGUUCAGCUUGGCCACAGCUAUCAUCAUGCAUUGCUAUGCCCAGGAGCGGGAGGUCUUCAGGUCCAAGUACGUAAAUGUUCUUGAUUGGCUGUUUGGAUUGCCUCCCUCUUGCCAAGAUGAGCCAGACAAAGGCAAAACCCAGUAAUUAUAAUUCAUCUAUACAAGGGAAACCCAUAAGGUUUACAAUAAGAGAUUAGUUAAAAUGAAAUAUAGUUGAAAAUUGUUCGGCAAAAGAGAGGCUUUGCAAUUUGGCUGCAUAGGAUCAAGAGUUUAGAUGGUACGUUUUACAUUCAUCAGGAGUUCAUGCGCUCUGAAAUAAUCAGAGUAGUUUCAUUUUAUGUACCUAUUCAUUCAAAUUUUCUCUUUUGUUACCAUUCUAGUAAAGUAAAGCUCAUGUGAGCUUUAUUUUACAGAGAUUAAUCGAUUAUUUUGUAAUAAUUUUGCUAUUUUAUACAAUCUACAGUUGUUAUUCUCUUAGAUAUGAAUAAGAUGUUUUUUAAA